AGAGCAAAAGAUUCAAAUUGUAAAGCAAACUUAUAUCUUCUUUUCAAGAAAAUGGGGAUCGUAGGAUUCAACUGGGCAGAGGAAGGCAACAACCAACUGGUGUUGCUGAUGAACAGAGACAACUGGGGAAACAGGGUCAUAAAUGGGGGUUCGUGGAAUGGCCAGAUUUUGAGUGGUCGGAGCGCAGAUAACAAAGGAACGUGGUUGGCUAUUUCUCGAGGAGGCCGUGUUGCUUUUCUCAUGAGUAAAACGUUGUUGCUAGACCAAGUUGUUCCAGACCGCGGCUGCGAGCUGUAUCCCAUUGAAUUCGUGGAGGGCAAUAUGAGUCCACAGGACUUUGCCAUGCAUGUGACAGAGCGUGACGUGGAUUCACAAAAAGGGUGGUCCUAUAGCCUUAUAGUCGCGGACAUGGCUUCCAAUUCAAUGGUUCAUAUGAGGAAACCUGUUCUAGAUGAUCCGUAUGUCAUGAUACAACCCGUUUCGUUUGGUCUGCACACACUUUCUCCUGACGGCGGUCUCGACUCCACAAUCUCUGUCAGGGAUUUACAAAUGAGAGACUUUUUUAAUCACGAUGACCUACCAGCGCUUGAUGAGAUGGCUAGGAGAGCAACUGAAGCCGGGCUGUUUCUUGAAUCUAUAGCUGAGCAUCCGAACCAUAAACUUGGAACGCAACGCUUUGGAACAACUAGUACGACAGCAUUAGCGGUUACACGCACUGGGAAAGUGAUGUUCGUUGAGAGAUUCGUGGACCUUGGUGGAUGGACUUGGAUCAAGCACGACUUCGAUCUCAACAUCCAGUAG